CCACUCCCGACUGCCACAAACGGAUAACAACAGUACAACACCCGGGCAACAUGAGCAGAGCGGCACACAAGAACACCAGCAACGUUCAUCUUCUUUGACGUCGAGGUCCGAGAAGAAGCCAAAAGAAAAUGCAGGCAUUCCUCUCCUCGUCGAUCCCCGCUACCUCGUACUCGAGAUCGUCCUUCCUGCCGCAGCCGCCUCAGGCUCCCGCGAGGCUCGCACUCCCGUCGUCGGGGCCCAGGGCCGCCGCCGCCGUUGUCGCGAGGAGAGCGGCGGCGGAGGCGGGCCGGUGUGUGGCGGCGUCUGCGUCCUCGUCCCCGGCCACGGCCGCGGCCGCGACGGAGGUGCCCGGGACCAUGAAGGCCUGGGCGUACGACGCGUACGGGGACGCCAGCGUGCUCAAGAUCGACGAGGCCGCGGCUGUGCCGGCGGUGGGCGAGGACCAGGUGCUCGUCAAGGUCGUCGCCGCGGCGCUCAACCCCGUCGACGCCAAGCGCCGGGCCGGCAAGUUCCAGGCCACCGACUCGCCGCUUCCGACCGUGCCGGGCUAUGACGUGGCCGGCGUCGUCGUCAAGGUGGGUGGCCAGGUGAAGGGCUUCCAGGAAGGCGACGAGGUGUACGGCAUGAUAAGCGAGAAGCCCCUGGAGGGGCCCAAGCAGUCCGGCUCGCUGGCGGAGUACACCGCAGUCGAGGAGAAGCUGCUGGCGCGCAAGCCCAAGAGCAUCGACUUCGCGCAGGCCGCCGGCCUGCCGGUCGCCAUCCUCACCGCCAACGAAGGCCUCGAGAAAGCCGGACUAUGUGCCGGCAAGUCCGUCCUCGUUCUCGGCGGAGCCGGUGGUGUCGGCUCCCUUGCCAUCCAGCUGGCAAAGCAAGUCUACGGCGCGUCGAAGGUGGCCGCGACGGCCAGCACCAAGAAGAUCGAGCUGCUCAAGAGCCUGGGCACCGACGUCGCCAUUGACUACACCAAGGAGAACUUCGAAGACCUGCCAGACAAGUACGACGUCGUCUUCGACGCAGUUGGUCAGGGUGAGAAGGCUGUAAAGGUUGUGAAGGAAGGCGGCAGCGUGGUGGUGCUCACCGGCGCAGUCACCCCACCAGGGUUCCGGUUCGUGGUCACCUCCAAUGGCUCCACCUUGGAGAAGCUAAACCCAUACCUUGAGUCUGGGAAGGUAAAGCCGGUCGUCGACCUGCAGGGGCCAUUCCCCUUCUCCAAGGUUGUAGAGGCCUUCUCCUACCUUGAGACUGGAAGAGCAACUGGCAAAGUAGUCAUCUCUCCAGUUCCAUAAGAGCUGGAGCAGUAGAUUGCAGAGUUUGUUCACUGGCCAUUUGGGUGAUGGCCGAGAUUCUCAGUGUCAAAUAGUCUAAAAGGAAGUUUAUUUCAGAACAGUCCAUAGAAUUACAAAGAGACGAGGUGUACAUUGUGCUCAUUGCUGAGCCACUUAUCAACGUUCUAGUUUCUGUCUGAACAGAUACAGUAAGGUCCCUCUGUUGUUAUGAGUUUUCUUUAGCUAUGAAAUUGCUGAA